AUGGGGGAUGAAAUCGAUGACAUUGAAUUUGCUCGACAGAUGUUGAGUUUAAAAGAAAACAAGUAUGAAGAAAAUAAAAGCGGAGGAAUGAAACAAGUAGUUAAGAAGAGUCAUAAGAUCAGCACUCUUUCUGAUCUUCCUGAUGGUAUCUUAUUUAACAUCCUAGUGAAGAUUCCGCCAAAAGACAUUCAUAAAUAUGUCAUGCGCGUCUGCAGAUCAUGGAAAGAAAUUGUCUCGGAGAGUUUCUUCAUUGAGCAAAAUUUCAUGGAAUCGAAAACAGAAUUAGUGAUACAGUCAGGAUUAGGAAGGCGUAUGAAAACAAAGUUGAUAGAGAUUAGAAAAGAAUUUGAAUGUGAAUCGCGUGAAGUUGGACUAAGUAAAUUAAGCAAGAUUCAUUCUAGCUGUGAUGGAUUUCUAUUGAUGAGUGAACCAGGGAACAAUGGGAUGCUACAAAUCAUAAAUCCAGCAACAAAGUUCUGCCUUACUAUCCCGCGAUGCCCUUCACAUUGUCAUCAUAAAGCUUGUAGUGCAGCACUUGCCUUUGACUCUUCGACAAAACAGUACAAAGUAGUGCAUGUUGUUACAGAUUCUUAUGGUUUUGAAAUAUUUAAUGUGAGCAGUGAUAAUGAUGAACUACAUUGGGAACGAGUUUCUAGUCCGUGGGAAGAUUUAAAUGAUCGACCCUUUAAUCCAAUUAACUUUCACUGGAAGAAUCCAGUGUCGAUUAAUGGAAGGAUUCUGCAUUGGUAUGUUGAUUCAGCUGAAUAUUUCAUUACAAUGCAAGUAAAAGAGGAAAAAUUCAGUCGAACUUAUCUUCCAGAACGUGUUAAACAAAUUAAUAAAAAGAAGAAUUAUGCAUUGGUGGAGUUGGAUGGAUUUCUUUCUUUUAUCAACUGUGAUUCGGAGAAAACAAUGAAUGUUUGGGUUCUGGAAGAUUUUCGAAGGAAAGUUUGGUUCAAGAAACAUACGAUCGUGGCAGAAUUGACAAAUUAUAUAUGUCCAUACAAAUCAUCAAGACAGGAUGAGCGAAGAAUGCCAAGAUUUUGGAACCUUGUUGCUGUUGCUGGUGCGAGGAAUGGUGAAGUAUUGAUUAUAGAGCAUAAGAAGAACUCUAGCGUAUUUAUAUAUGACACAAAGAGUAAAGUGAUGAAGCCUGUUAGCAGUAACAUGAAGAAAUUAGAAUCUUUUGUACCGCACAAAGAUGGCCUCUUUCGUAUCAUGAAGUCGAUCGCAUAG